AGCAUGUCCACCGCCCACAAUGAUGCUCUCCGUGGAUUUCAACCUGUUUUUUCCUUUAAGAUAAGCGAAGUUGUUUGCAUGAUCACCAUUGUCUUUAUGUGAAAGCAUACACGAGCAUAUUCCACCAUAUUGCACUUUUUACACUCGUCUACUCCUCACAAUUAUGUCCGCCCCAGCCGAGGACCCAAACAAGGAAAAGUCCGCUGCGGACGCACUCGGCGGUGGCGAGGAGGGCAUCGAGCUUACGCCCGCCCAGAAGGCCGCCCAGGAGAUAUCCAAAGGAAAAAUCCCCCCUCCCCAUAUCGAAAAGGUAUGUUUCCGAAAAUUUGUGUUGCUGAUUUGAGGCCACAGAUCACAUUUGUCUUGCAAGAAGACAAGGGCAGAACCUUCCGCCCCAUUACGGAAGCGAUUUGUCAUGCUGUUGGGCCUAAAAGUGAGCCGUUUGUCGUGCUGAACAACUAGACCCAUACGCCCCUACCUAGCCUGAGAUUCUGGCCGCAGUGCCUCUCUGCAAUACAGACCUGAUUUGUGUACACAAAUCCAGCAUCAGAAAUUGCGUUUUGAUAUGGGGAGGGGGGAUUUUUCCUCUCAAUAGGAGAAGGCGGAGAAGGAGAGGAAGAUCAAGGAGAAGACGCGGACCGCGGUCUCCGACACGAUAGACGACAUUAUGGAGGGGGUCGCGGAGAUCUACCGGGGCGUAAACUACGUGAUCAGUGAGGUACAGAAGUGUGUGAGCGGGACGGUGUACCCGGUUAAAGAGUUCUUUGUGGGAGACAAACACGAACGUUUCCGGGCCGAAGCGGAUAACGGCGUCAUAGACGAAGCUACUUUUGAGAUGGCAUAGUAGAACGAGUCUAUCUCCAUUGUUCUGUUACUUUUCAAAGUCGUGAAAGAUUAUGAUCGUGUUGAAAUAAAAUCAACGGUCGAGCUUAGGAAUUCCUUGACAGUAUCGAAAAGGCGAGGCUUAUUGUCGUCCUCCUCGUCCAGUAUUUCCUCGUGAUUCGAGUUUUCUCGCUUUUUGUUCGACCCGGCUUCUUUGAGUUCGCAUCAGUCUAUUCAGGUAACUGGCUGAUCUUCCG